GCGAGUUUUCGAUGUUUUCGCGUACCGCAGCGCCACAUGCGUUGUUCUUUCGACGAAAGGACUGCGACGAUCUGCGCAUCGUUCGAUCUACGACCGAACCAACGACUUAACCCAGUCGGGCCGAGACGGCUAAUACGAUAUCUUCUGCAUUUUGAAAAAUGGCAUGGUUAUGCGCCCGUACUGCGCUCCAAACAUGUCGACGGCGGAUCUCGUAUAGCCUUGCGUGCGCCCAGAAGAAACAAUUCGCCGAUCCACUAGAUCAUGCCACUGGCUUGGAAAAGAGGGAGAUGCUUGCCCGUUUAGCCGGUAUCGAUGAUCCAUACAAUAUGACCAUAAAGCGGCGAGCAAUUAGCACAAAGGAAGAUCCUAAUAUAGUUUAUAGCGCAUUCGAGAGUCGCAUAAUGGGAUGCAUCUGCGAUGAAGAUUCAACACAUGUGAACUGGAUGUGGUUACAUCAAGGUCCUCCUCGUCGCUGUGAAUGUGGCCACUGGUUCAAACUUGUUGAGAAAGCACCUAUAUAAUAUAUUUAAGGAUGCGUGAACUAGUGGAUUGUUUUCAACAUAGAAUUAAUGUUAUUAGACAGUAAUUAUGUCUAUCUUCAUUUAUUACCAUAUUCUUCUGCCAUCCUCUCGGAAUUAAAUGGAUCACUUAUUGUAUGGAAAUCACAGAAAUAAAUAUAUUGUAAAUAUUAUGUA